AUGUUCUUCCACCAUUUCACUCCUUUUAUUUUGGCCUCUGUUAUACCAUCCGUCCUGGCUGACGGAUACAACAAUAUCGACCCGUCCGCCACCACAGGAGCUAGGUCCCUCCUCCGACUGAUCCAGUCUCAGUUCGGGUCCCAAUACCUCUCCGGCCAGCAGGACCUGGCCAGCCUCCAAUGGGUUCAGGAGAACAUCGGAAAGACACCUGCCCUCCUAGGUAGUGACUUUAUGGACUAUUCCCCGUCCGCUGUGGCCCACGGUUCUAAAUCUCACGCCGUUGAGGAUAUAAUCAAUUUCCAUCACCAAGGCGGUAUCAACGCACUCGUCUGGCACUGGCAUGCGCCAGCCUGUCUCUACGAUAAUUCCGAACACCCCUGGUAUUCAGGCUUCUACACCGAGGCAACGUGCUUCGAUAUCAAGGCAGCGCUCGCCGAAGGAAACCGUAACGGUACCAACUACCGUCUCCUCCUCCGCGACAUCGAUACCAUCGCCGCGCAGAUUAAGCGUCUCUCCGCGGCCGAUGUCCCGAUUCUGUUCCGUCCCCUGCAUGAGCCAGAAGGCGGAUGGUUCUGGUGGGGCGCUAAAGGGCCUAAGGCUUUCCUCCAGCUCUGGGACCUCCUCUACACCCGGAUCACGGAACAUCAUGGCCUUCACAAUAUCGUUUGGGUCUGUAACACGGCCGACUCAGCAUGGUAUCCCGGCAACGACAAGUGUGAUAUUGCCACAGUUGAUCACUACGCCAAAGCCGGGGAUCAUGGAGUCCUGAAGAAUAAAUGGCAUAAGUUGUACGAGGUGACAGGCGGAAAGAGGGUGCUGGCGCUUGCUGAAGUUGGCGUGAUUCCAGACCCGGAGGAGCAGGCCAAAAGUAACACGCACUGGGCGUAUUGGAUGUGCUGGUCCGAUGAAUUCAUCAAGGAUGGUAAGUACAACGCUAAGGGGUUUAUUCAGGAGGUGUACGAUAGUCCUCGCAUUGUCACGCUGGAGAAUGUUCAGAAACUCGGCAAUAGGACGCUUACUCACCGUCGCCGGUUCUAA